AUGGCCCCUAGGCCUAUAGCUCCUCGUAACUUUAGAUUCCACAGCAGCAGCAGCAGCAGCAGCAGCAGCAGCAGCAGCAGGGGGGACAGGCCUCCUCCAUUUAGAUUAGGCAGGAGACAGGACCCUCUUGUUGGUAAACAGACUAAAUCAGAAGUCGUAAAAAUCCCCAAAGCAGACGUACAAAUCCUUGAAAGCGGAAGGGACUAUGCGCGUGCAUUGGGUGCUCCAUCGGAAUUAGGGUUUUCUAAUAUGUCAAUAAGCGGAGACAGUAAUUCUUUAGCUCCUCCUUCUAUAUGCGGAGAUAGGGAGAGGGACAGAGAAAGGGAUUUAUCUACUGUCUCCUCUUCUCUUAUUCCUCUUACUAGGGCAUCAGAGUUACUCCCUCCUUUAUCCCAAGCUAGUCAUCCAAGUACUCCUAAUGCUGUCAUGGAAACCCUCAUAGAUGAAGAUGCAGUAUCGUUAAGUGAUUUAUCUUUAUCAAUGGGUAGCAGCAGUAGUAUGUCUCUGUCUGCACCAUCGGGGUUUGGUCUAAGAAGAGGAGAAGGAAGAGGAAUAAGUUCAAAUAUGUCUGUCUCCUCUCAUCAAGGAGACAAUCAUAACAGCAGCAGCAGCAGCAGCAGCAGCAUGGGGCAAGCAGCAGCAGCAAGAAGAGAUUUACCUCCUUGGUGUCUUAAGGGUGUCCUUGGUGUAUUAGUGUCAAUUGAUGAAGAAAAAGGUAAAUGUGUGAUUUCUUCGGGAGGAAAUUUCUGGGCAGUUGCAAGUCAUGAUACACAACCUUUAUCUGUUACUACACAAGGACAAAUGGCACAGAAGCUAUAA